GCGAGGAAAGAGAGAACCACCUUGGAGGAAUGAUUUUCGCAGCCGAAGAGACCUGUUCCCAGCACAGCCUUCGCUCUUGCUGAGAAGGGGAUUUUAAGCUGAUCGAGCUACAUGACUGCGCGGAGCAGGGAAUCGCCAACAUCAUGCGAGCACAAAUUGAAGUGAUACCAUGCAAAAUUUGUGGUGACAAGUCCUCCGGAAUACACUAUGGAGUCAUCACAUGUGAAGGCUGCAAGGGAUUCUUUAGGAGGAGUCAACAGAACAAUGCUUCAUACUCCUGCCCAAGGCAGAGAAACUGUUUAAUUGACAGAACCAACAGAAAUCGUUGCCAACACUGCCGUCUGCAAAAGUGUCUUGCCCUAGGAAUGUCUAGAGAUGCUGUUAAAUUUGGAAGGAUGUCCAAAAAGCAGAGGGACAGCCUGUAUGCUGAGGUACAGAAGCAUCAACAGCGACUGCAGGAGCAACGGCAGCAGCAGAGUGGCGAGGCUGAAGCCUUGGCCAGAGUCUACAGUAGCAGCAUCAGCAAUGGCUUGAGCAACCUGAACAAUGAAACUGGUGGCACUUAUUCAAAUGGGCACGUCAUUGACCUGCCAAAGUCUGAGGGCUACUAUAAUGUGGAUUCUGCCCAGCCCUCCCCAGAUCAGUCUGGCUUAGACAUGACUGGAAUCAAACAGAUCAAGCAGGAACCUAUUUAUGACCUCACCUCGGUACCAAACUUGUUUACCUAUAGCUCUUGCAACAAUGGGCAAUUAGCUCCAGGGAUAAGCGUGGCAGAAAUAGAUCGAAUUGCACAGAAUAUCAUUAAGUCACAUUUGGAGACAUGUCAGUACACAAUAGAGGAACUACACCAGCUAGCCUGGCAAACCCACACAUAUGAAGAAAUCAAAGUAUACCAGAGCAAGUCAAGAGAAGCAUUGUGGCAGCAGUGUGCAAUCCAGAUUACACAUGCUAUUCAGUAUGUGGUGGAAUUUGCAAAGCGGAUAACAGGCUUCAUGGAACUCUGUCAAAAUGAUCAAAUUCUACUUCUCAAAUCAGGCUGCUUGGAAGUGGUUUUAGUGAGAAUGUGCCGUGCCUUCAAUCCACUCAACAACACUGUUCUGUUUGAAGGAAAAUAUGGAGGAAUGCAAAUGUUCAAGGCUUUGGGUUCAGAUGACCUGGUGAACGAAGCAUUUGACUUUGCAAAGAAUUUAUGUUCCUUGCAGCUGACUGAGGAAGAAAUUGCCUUGUUUUCAUCCGCUGUUCUGAUAUCACCAGAUCGAGCUUGGCUGUUAGAACCAAGGAAGGUCCAGAAGCUUCAGGAAAAGAUUUAUUUUGCACUUCAACAUGUGAUCCAGAAGAAUCAUCUUGAUGAUGAGACUUUGGCAAAGUUAGUAGCCAAGAUACCAACUAUCACUGCACUUUGCAACCUGCAUGGAGAAAAACUGCAGGUAUUUAAACAAUCUCAUCCCGAUAUAGUGAACACACUGUUUCCUCCGUUAUACAAGGAACUAUUCAAUCCAGACUCUACCACUGGCUGCAAGUGAAGGGAAAGAUAGAAUAUGUCACAUAGUCCUGGAAUGCAUCACUGUUAAGACAAAAGAAUUGUUUUCAUGAAGACUUUCUUAAAAAUGUCACUACUGCAACACUAGGAAUGUCCUGCACUUAAUAGAAUUACCUUUCACCGCUACAGUUUGAAGAAUGUAAAUAUGCACCUCUGAGUGGGGCCUGUUUUCGUUUCUCUUCUUUUUGUUAAUUUCCCCUUUUUAUUUUUUAACUUACCAGAAAAUUGCAAAUAUAGAACACUGGGUGUUACCUUUAUUUUUGAUUUUAUUUUAUUGGGGGUAUGUUUUGGGAGACAACUGUUUAUAGAUGUUUAUUGUAGAUAUAAAUGAAAACAGAGGAGUAAUUUGCGGUAUUGCUCUUGCUGUUUGUUGUUCAAAUAUAAUUUAAGAAAACUCCACUAAACUAAACUUACCUAUUUCUAUGUUUUUAGCUAGUUAAAUGCAUGUGGCAAUUUGUAGCUGUCUUGGAAAUAGGUGUGCGUGUAUGUAAUAUAUAUGGGCAUGAGCCUUCCCUGUGUGAGUGCAGCACCUGUGAAGGGUUCCCUGGUGGCUUAAAAGAGCCCCAUUUCCCUGCUCCCCUCAGUGGAUGUGCACAGGUGUGUGCAUGCAGCAUUCCAGAGCGGUACAGGCAAUGGGUGGACUGUGUGUGCCUUCUGUAUCCCCAUCCGGCUGUCCCUUUCCAAUCGAGCAGGUUACAUGAGUGCGC